UUAUUAAGGUUUAUUGUGUAUUUUAGAUCUGAGUAAAAUGUCUGAUGAAGAAGAGGAACAUUUUUGCUUUUUUGGUACACCAUUAGAGCAAUAUGAUGAAGAUUCAUUUCCAAAGAAGAAACCAAUUAGUGUUGAAGAUCAGAUCGCAACUGAUGCUCAAGGUAGACGUAGAUUCCAUGGAGCCUUUACUGGAGGAUUCUCAGCUGGUUUUUUUAAUACCGUUGGAUCUUUAGAAGGGUGGACACCCAGUGAGUUUAAAAGUACCAGACAGGAUAAAGGCCGAAAUGUUGUUCAAAAACCAGAGGAUUUUAUGGACCAGGAAGAUUUAGAGGAACAUGGCAUUGCUCCACAAACGAUAAGAGCCACUACUGAUUAUUCUACCUCAAAGAAACGAAAGAAAAAAGUAUUUUCAGAAGGUCCAAUCCCUGGUACUCCAGUACUUGAAACAUUGUUAACCAGUGGAAAUGAAACUAUAGGAUACUUACUUUUAAGGAAAAUCGGAAUCAAGGAUAAAAUUAAAGAGCAAGUAGAACUCUACUCUGAUACAAAGGUUUAUGGUUGCCAAAUUCCUGGUACAUUCAAAAUUCCAAAAAAGAUAGAAAACAAUCAGUACAAGAUUCCAGAAAUCUACCUUGAAAAUCUAGCUAAUCCAAAAUCAAAUACUUUUGGUAUAGGUUACCAAGGAUUGGAUAGAAGCCAUGUGAAUCUUUUUUCACAUUCAAAUCUUGUUGUCACUGAUAAGAAUAACAAAAAAGUAUCAAUAUCAGGCCAAGGUUUUGGGGUAGGUGCUUUUGAAGAAGAUGAUGAUGAUAUUUACUCAAAGGAAGAUAUGAGCAACUAUGAUUUUGAGCUUGUAUCAGAAAAGCAGAAACCAAAAGUUAACAAAGAUGGCUUGUUGCAGUUUGGUAUGUUUAAACCAUCCAAAGCACCAUUAGUUAGUAAAAAAGCUUAUCCUCCACCAACAAUUCCUCAUAGUUUUACAGGAAAACAUAAAAUUAAGAAAUCUAGAUUUGAGCCAGUAGAAGUAAAGGUAGAAGAAGACCAAGACAUAGAUAGAGGAAGUAUAAAUCCUGCAGUAAGAGCUAGGUAUUUGGGUGAAGACCCUGUUGUACCAACACCAUCUCAGCCUAUUUUAGACCAAAAACCACAACAAGAGAGACUUGCUCCUAGAACUUUUGAUGUAUCUUCUCUUAUGACUGAUAGAUUUGUUUCAGCCUCACAGACUGAGAGUACAAACAGUUUAGAACCAGUAGUAAAAACAGAGACUGAGCAUGGUACUAGUGAUAUGAGAGCAGCAGCUAAAAUGAAUAUGUUUGGACCUUUAACUAGAAUUACCUCUGAUUGGCGACCACAUGCUAUUUUAUACAAGAGGUUUAAUGUAGCAGAACCCUUGAUAGAUCUUCCUGAACAGAAACAGAGAAAAAGAACCAAGAAUUUAAUUUUUGAGAAUCAGAAACACACAGAAGAUCAAGAACUUCUUUUUUUACCUGGAUGUUCAACAAACAUUGAUGAACCUGAAAAUCGGGAUGAUAGUUCUAAAGCCGAGGCCCAGGAAAAUGCUGUUAAAACUGAAACUCUAUCGCCAGUUGAAGAAAAAGAAUUAGUUAUAGAAGAGAACCAAGAAGUAAAAAUUGAACAAGAUAUGACAGAGAAAAUUGGUAUUGAAGACAAGGUAGAUCUGUUCAAAGCUGUGUUUUUAAGCAGCAGUGAAUCUGAAGAGGAAGAAGAAGAAAAAGAGGACGAAAAAAAGACAGAAGCAUAUAAAGAAACUAUUUUGUCUGAUCUGGUUCCAAAAAUAAAACCAUUAAAACAGGGAAUAUUGUCCAAUAUAAACUUCCAGCCAAUAAAUCAAAUAAAAGAAGAGAAUCAAGACAAAACAGAAAACAGUUCAGAAGCAAAAACCAUUUUAUUCGUACCAAGAAAAGAUAGAAAUACAAAUAAAAAAGAAACACAACUUUUUGGUCAUGCAUUAUCUGCCGCAACUGCCACAGAAGUCACAAAAUAUGGUUCAAAUGUAAUUGAGAUUCCAACAACAGCUAGAAUUAACAAUAAUGACAGCUUAUCCUAUGGCCCUCAAUUACCAACACCCAAAGAUGGUGACUCUAUGAAGACAAGUUUUAAAUCAGCUGUUGUGGAUGUGGAAAGUGAUAAAGAUGAAUGGAUAGAGAAGGAUGAAAGUGACAAAAAGAGCAGGCAUAAAAAAAAGAGCAAGAAAAAGAAAAAGCAUAAACAUUCAAAAAAAGAAAAACAUUAGAUUA